AUGGACCUACACAUGCAUGACUACCCAGCAGAAACCCUCCAAACCCUAAUCAACUCCAGAGCCACCUCAAAUUUCAUAUCACCUUGUAUUGUUGAAAAACUCAAAAUCCCAAAAUCCCUACUCAAAAAUCCACAAGUAGUGAGAAUGUUAGACAGUACAAUCUCCCUGACUGGUUCUAUUUGGGACCAGGUACAACUUGCAGUUUUGGCCAAUGGUCAUUCACACUCCAUCCCCUUCCUUUUUUGUCCCAUUGGCAACACACCUGCCAUCCUAGGCAUGACAUGGUUAACCCAAGAAUCCCCUCUCAUUGACUGGCAACAGGGAAUAGUUACCUUCCCCAAAUACUCCAACAUUGCAUUGGAAGAGGAAGCCAAUCCAAGUCCCACAAACAAUCUUCCAAUUCAAUAUCACAAAUUUGCCAGUGUCUUUGGAGAAGAGGAGUUCAAAGUCCUACCCCUGCAUUGA